GAACAUCUUAUCCGGGAGUAAAUUUGUUUCAAAAUGGCCGCCUACGUACGUAAUGCUAGUGUAUUUAUCAAACGCGUUUCCGUCGUACGUCAAGGCUUUUUGAUGCAUCUACGACCGGCCAUUGCCACUUCUCAACGGCAGGCGCACGGUCCUAGAAUUAUACGCCCUGUUAUCAAGGGUGAGACUGAGCAAGAGUUUGAUGACCGUUUUGAAGACUGGUUUAACAGUGACGAAUUAGACGACUGGGAGUUGCGACAAGGUCUCAACGUUAUUUACGGUCAUGAUUUGGUUCCCGAGUCUCGUGUUGUUGCUGCAAUGCUACGUGCUGCUCGUCGACUCAAUGAUGUGGCCAUGUCUAUUCGUAUUUUGGAAGCGGUGAAUGAGAAGGGAGCUAACAAUAAGGAGAUUUAUGAUUAUAUCAUUCAGAGUGUGAGGCCGACUCUGGAUGAGUUGGGAAUCAGCACACCUGAAGAACUGGGGCUGGACAAAGUUCAGGAGUUGUCUCAGCACACAGUCAACGUACUCGGGCAUAAUACAGCUUCACCGGCGGCUGCUUUGCGCUAACUGGAGAUGUAAAGACUCUGCUCUAGACAAUGGUAGUUACAUGUGUUGGUGGUUGUUUCAUCUGUAAGUGUGAUGGACAGUAUUGUAUUACCUCUAACUCUACCUAUUGUUCAUAGCUGCAAUGUACACGUAGUGUAUCUCUUUGUGCUCAAUCAGUUGUCUCCGUUGAAGCUUAGUUAAUGAGUAGAUGAGUAGGAAUGUUUCA